AUGCACAUCACCUCACCAUUCCUGUCUCUGAGCACAUCUUUCCGCUCCAGAAGCCCCAAAUCAACCAGCGACACCUCAACCGCAAGCUCAACAACGACCUCACCACCCUCCUCCCCAACUUCCACCCACUCGCCUCAGAGCUCUCCACACCACCUCUUCAACCUCUCCUUCCACCCCUCCAAAGCCCACACAUUCCAAGGGCACCCCGACAGCGUCAGACACACAAGUAAUCCCGAAAACACAUCAACCCGCCCGCGUCCGGUCUCCGAUACCCCCCACAACGCCAGCGGCGUCAGCGUGCUCCCCUGUGCUGUUCUACGCGGCCGCUCGAUGGUCGUGCGUCGACGACCGUCUAAGAUCGAUAUGGCGCUGAGCGAAGAACGGUCGCGAUGUGAUGGGGAUGCUAUUGAGAGACAGGGGUUGGGGCUGAUGGAACCUCGGCCGGUGGAUUUGGGGGUUGGGAGGUGA